GAUUUAGAUCAAUUUGAUGUGAUAGAAACUCAAGAAUCCUUAAUAACCGGCCUUCAUAACAUUCACUAUGCAUUUCUUGAAAAUAAUCUGAAUAACUCUUUUGGUACUGGAAUAGAUGCUGUGCUUGAAAUUUACCAUCACAUUUUGAAGGAUUUUAGGCAUCAGUUAUUGCAAGAUAUAGAUGAAUGUUUUGAGGAGAGAAUUGUUCAUCAUGCUGGUUGGCGUAUCUUGUGCAUGUUAAAUAAAUGCUUCAUUAUAGAAAAUUAUAUAGUCAAUAGUCACAGUACAGCUUUUCAGACAGUUCCUAAUGAAAUUUUGGUGCCAAGUCUCUCCAUAAUCGCUGAUCUAAAAAAAAUUGAAAAAACUGCUAAUAUGAUCGACGCUGAAUCUAUCAAUGAAAUAAUAAAUGUCAUUAAGAGUCUUUCAAAAAAAAUUGAUGUAAACAUGGUUCAUAUAGUCGAAGGCCUUUCAAGUGUUCUUAAUUAUGCGAAGAGAAUAAUAUCCAUUCCUGAUAAGAUUCGACUCGAAGAUCUGUUAAAUCCUGAUGAUGAUGAUCAUACUGAAUUUUUUGACAAUGGUUGUUAUUAUGACUGUAAUGGCAAGAAAAUUGGAUUGAGUCUCGAAAUCAUUAAGCAACUUGUUCAGAUUUACUUGUCAUCAUAUUUAUCGAUAGUGAAUAUUUUGAUAAAUGAUGUAAAUUCAAGGAAUGAACUGAUUUGUGAAAAUACACGUCAAGUACUAACUGAUACUCUAGAAUUGUCUAAAGAUUUUACACCUUCGGUGAAAUUAGUGGACCGCAUGUUCAACUUGUAUGUUAAUAACGACAACGAUCUUAUAAAUUAUAUGAAUCAU